AUGCAUCCCUUGCGCGCGCUGAGAACGCAGUCCAAAGAGACCCAGGGACGACAUGAAGACUCUGAUGAGGACCUUCCAGGUGCUGGUCUUAUGCAAAGGGAAAGGACUACUUCAAGUUGCGGAACAGAAGGACCUCACCGACACUUCUGUUCUCGCCGGAGCAGCGAUUCGUCCGCUGCUGGAGACAGCAAAGAUGCCACCUUAGAUAUUGCCACCGAAAGCUUGGUUACUUUCGUUUGCUACAGUGAGUGUAAACAGCUGCAGCUUGAUUUAUACACUGUUUCUGGCACAAGUGCAACUGUAAAAUCCUUGGUGCCCAGGAAUGCAUGUCACCACUUUCGAUUGGUUUCCUGGUAG